CCGAUCAAAUAGUACCUAAUUGCAAAAAAAUAUAUUAGGCUGACGGUAUUAGCAAAUAAGAUUAGCAAAAGGUAUAUAAACGCUCUAACCCAAAUUAGUUCAGUCAGUCAUCCAGAGUAAACCACUCAUUACAAUGAAGGGCUUACUGAUAUUCUUCGCUCUUGCGUUCGCCGUAGUCUGUGUAUCAGCUGAUUGGAAGCCUGGAUUAAAAGUGAAAUUCGACGCUGCUUUGCUCCCCUGGUCCGGGAAGGACUGCUUCUACGAUGUUCCACGCACCACAAGCGACGCUAUUGAGCAGGGCUGGGUACUCAUAGAGCGGCCGGAAGGUCCGCGCCCCACUCUAGUGCUCUUUUGCCCAGCGGACCCCCAUCUGUGCGCCUUCUACGAUGAUGAAACCAGUCAUGUAGCUGGUUUGCAAAUCUGUAUCCCCGAAAAAGAAUUCACAGACGCAACUUUCGACUGGGUCAUUCAGGGAUUUACGAAAUGGACCACUACUGUACAAGGAGAGCCAACUGAAUAUCAGUGUAUUGGACAAUACUUCGUUUCUGACGAGUACAUGCAGAAAACCCCAGAACAGCGUCUCGCUAGUCGUACUCAAGACAAGAUCCUACAAGAAGAUAAGAUAUGGUUGACCGGCUUCAAUGGGAAUUUGGAUGAAUGGUCCGACAAGACGACAGAUCUCGAAAACUCUAUCUGGACCAAGCAAGCCUGUAUUCCUUGGAUGGGUCAACACUAUUAUUACAACAUGAGCUCAACCACUCUCUGCGAGGCUGACCAACUAUAUCCUUGGUUCCCACUGGUGGACUCUGGUAACAUCGUGGCGACCGGCUUCAUUGUCUUCGGAAAAUUUCCUAUUAAAGAAAACGUACGGGAUUGGUUCGAAAGACCUCCAAAACUGGCUGUUAUGGGUAUCGUGCCUAGAGGUCCGACUUGUCUCUACGACCUCGCCGGAAGCGUCGGUUUGCUAACCAUGCACGUCUACUAUGUCGAUAAGCCCUGGACUAUCCUAUGUCCUCUCUUCGGGUGAUCAUUAUGAUUGGUUAUUUACAAAAAUGUUAACUAAUAUGUUACUGUUACUAUUAUUGUUGAAACAGUCGUUUAGAUGUGGUAAAUAGCGAAUAAAUCAAAACUAGUUGCUUAGAAAUCAGUCGCACAUCGUAACUUUCAAAGCACUAAACUAUAUUUUGCAAAAAAAAUACUACGUUUAAGAUCGCCUGUUAAAUAAAGAAUCUAU